UGCGGUUGCACGUGGCUACUGCGCGUGUUCAUGCAAUUUUUUUCAAGUGUUUUCUCGCUCGAAGCCGGCUCGAAAGUUGGUCAAGAUAUGCAUUCUCUCAAGUUCUCAACUAUCCUCAGGAAAUUAGAGGCUUGUCAGCCUCACCCUAAUUGGGUUCUUUCACUUGUUAUUCAUAGAAAGGUUCAUGCUGUCGGUAAUACCAUAGAUGAACUUUUACAGCACUGGAAAUCCGUGUUUGUUGGUGCUGAGAUCUCAGAGCCAGAAGCCUCCAUACAGCACUUAAUGGGUGCUUCUCUGCAGUGCUCAACGGGAGAUCUACGCCAUAUGGGAAAUGCUGUUUUGACUGCACAGCAGUUGAGAGAUCUAGAGAGACGCUGUCUUUGUCGCCUGCAAAGGAUGCCCGUGCAGUACAUCGUGGGCGAGUGGGAGUUUUGCGACGUGACGGUGUCGGUGCGUCCGCCGGUGCUGGUGCCGCGGCCCGAGACGGAGCGGCUGGCGCUGCUGGCUGCCGACCGGCUGCGCCCGCUGGCCGCCGCCGGCGAACGGAGCCCCCGGCUGCUGGAGGUCGGCUGCGGCUCCGGAGUCAUCACCCUCGCCGUCCUGCACUGGCUCAAACAGGUGUCAGCGGUGGCGGUGGACCCGUCUGAGGCCGCCUGUCUGCUGACUGAGGAGAACGCCGCUCGGUUGGGCGUCUCUGAGCGACUGCACGUGCACCGCGCGGCGCUCACCGACGCCGGACUGCCCUGUAUAGAGGGUCAGCGGUUCGACAUGGUGGUCAGCAACCCGCCCUACGUGCCGACGGCCGACCUGCGGCGGCUGCAGCCGGAGAUACUGCUGUACGAGGACCGGGCGGCGCUGGACGGCGGGCGGGACGGCCUGGCGCUGGUGCGCCGCCUGCUGCGCCGCUCGGCCGGCUGGCUGCGGCCCGGCGGCCGCCUCCUGCUCGAGCUCGGCCUCGGACAGCCGGAGACUGUAGUGGCGCUGCUCUCAGAGCCCGGCACGGGGCUGACGCGACCCCAGGUGCACCGGGACUUCACCGGCCGCGAGCGCUUCGUGGAGGCGCAGCGGGAGCAGGAGAGAGGGAGGGAGGACCCCUUUGACUCGUCGGUCGUGUCAUGAGCUGCAGUGCGGCAAUCAUAAGUCGAUGUAAGGUCGGUUUGUGACGCCUUUUGUGAAUGAUUCGAUUGAUUUUUAUGGUGAGCGCAUGAAGAGUGUCCGAGAUUGUU